AUGAGGGGCAUAUGCGUGUUGAACACUGCAUUGGAUUUGGCAGCUGCAGCCCUGUGGACUGAGUGGGGGAUGGGGGAAGCUAAAUGGGGGCAAUAUACUGUGAUGUGUGUGACGAGCAGCGAUGGGUUGUUGAGUAUGGGUUUUGUUUCGGAAGGAGCCGAAGUGGUAUUUAGUGGUGCGUUUGAAGACGCGAUGGGCUGGUCUUGGAGAGGGGUAAUGAAGGCUGGAUACUGUGUGUUG